CCCGCGGGGACUGGGGACGGUGCACCUGCCAGGGCCCAGGCCCCGGGACUCUUAGGACGUGGCGUUGCCGUCUGGGCUCGCAAGUUAGGGCCCGCAGACCCCGCGCGGGCUCCUGCCGAAACAGGCCGGGCCCCUGAGGCCGAGAGGACAGGGGGCCCCCCAGACGGGCACCGCGGGCGCGGGCGUGCGCCGCACGGUUCCGGAGCUGUGUGUGGGGUUCGGGUGUAGCCCAGCGCGGUGGGAAUGGCCGUCCUCCCGCACGAGCGAGGGGCAGCAGCAGGUCCUGCGUGUGCGCCGAAGAGGGUGUGGGUGUCUGGGUGCAGGGCGAGAUCUCAGCAGCCAGUUGUGCUGGGUGGCUGGUUGCAAAGGGCCCGUAGACAGUUCUCCUUCCUUAGGGGGCGUUUAGGGAAACGGAGGCCUCCUGGGGGUGGUGGCUGACCUGGGAGACCAGAGGCAGAGGCCAGGCCGGGAGGGUGUGUGGGCUCCUGGCUCAGGGGCGCGGGGCGUGUGGGCAGCUCGCCUGCCUGGCUGAGCCGGGGUUGUGGGUCUUGACUCUGCCUUGCAGGGGGCAGAGCCCCUGAAGCCUGCAGAGCCAGCCCGCUGCCCAGGGUGUCCCUCUCCCACCUGUUGAGUGUGUGUGCCGGUGCCCUGAAGAGUGAAUUUGUGUUGGUUUCCCAGGAGAAGGUCCGUGUGUGAGCUCCGUGUGUGAGCUCCACGUGUGCCCGGCUCUGCGCGGCCCGGGGCUCUGGCUGUGAGCGCAGGUCCCAGCGUGCCUGUCCUAAAGGGACUGGUCACUAAAGGGCUGGCAGGCGUGGAGAUGUCCGACGUGAUGAGCCACAGUCAGCCUCUGCCCGGGACGCCUGUGGCGGUGCCGGAGCCUCCAAGGUUUUGUGAUCUUGGGCGGGUGACUCAGUGUCCACAGCGCUAGUGCCCCCAUCUCUGAAAUGGGAGUGCCCUGGAGGCACGCGUUCUCCUGGUAUCUUGGCCGAGUGUCUGAUCCUUAGGCAGUCCCUGGUAAGGUCUCCCAGUGAGGACGAUGGUUUGUAAGCUGCCAGCACGUGCCACGUUUUCUCGUUGCCUGGGUCGCGGCCAGCACCUCGCGGGAAGGCGGGAGAGCUGUGCGUUGUCUGCCUCGCGGCACCAGUUGGGUGUUGGAAAGGCCCACCGGCACUGUCUUGGUCUUGGACUUAAAAUCCUGCAGGGCUUUGUUUCGUCCUCCCUGGGACCCUCGGCUCAGUGACGCAGUCGCUGCCACCUCCCCCGCCGCCGCUCUUGGGUGCCCUUCCGUCUCCACCUGGGGGCGGGGGACUCCUCUGUCUCGCCUCCGUGCUGUGUCUGCCUGCUCCCGCUGGUUUGUUCUCUGUGUUCUGGUGAGACUGGUGACUCGCGUGGGUGGGGACAGGCAGAACCUGUUUCCCCAUGGACCGCGGCGCACCCAGGGCCUUUCUCCUCACCUGGCCCGGCGUAGGUGUUCUGUGGUCCGUGGGGCUCUUCCUCUUCGCUGUCAUUGUGUAUCGCUGUCAGACUCAUGGUGUCAGAACAAUGGUUGGCCCCACUCAGGCUCCUCACUGGCCGCCCUGACCCUCGGUUGCUGGCUGGGGCUGGAGCCGGCCUGGGGGAAGGAAGCGUCCCUGCUCACAUGUGGCUGGGACCCCUCCCCAUGGCCUCUCUCUGUGGCUUGGGCUUCCUCCCAGCGUGGCGGCUGGUGACUGUCCCAGACGGAGACUGAGCUGCAUUUUAAGUCCCAGGGAGCCGCCUGCCCUAAGUCCCAGGCCCAUCUGGGUCUCCAGGGAGGGGGCCCAGAACUCUGCUUCUGGAAGGGGGAGCCAUGCCCGGGUCCCAGGGGGAGGAGAGCACGUGGGGGCCGCCAUGGUGUCGCCAUGGGUUAUGCUGGGAAGGGCAGUGGGAGGAGCUGGCCGGGGGAGAAAGGCCCUGCAUUCCAGUCUCCUGGUGACUGGCCUCUGCGUUGGAGCCGUCGGGUUCCCACGAGACAGGGCUGAAGAGCUGGCUUCCCCUUGCCGAGACCUGGCUUCCCCACUCCUCUGGGACCCCAUCUGCACGUUCCUUUGCUCCUUCCUCCCGUACUUUUUUUUUCUAACCUGAAAUUCCUUGAGCUCGCUCCCCGUCCUGUUUUUUCUUCCGCUUUAGCAAAGUGGGCUUUGGCUCUGCUGGAAACAUCCCCAGUGUUCUCAACAAAGGUUGUAGAGGGCCUGGGAAUCCCACUGUUGAGGGUGGGCUUACGUCUCCAGGUCAGAUGUUGGGGCAGGGGAGGGAAGAGAAUCAUGAAGUCAGCGUUCCUUGGUGAGUGUCGAGGAACCCCGAGUCAUCUGGGAAUGAACCUGCAGAUCUGAGGCCAUGGGGAGCUCCGAGCAGCCCCCCACCCCCGCCCCUGGGACGGACCCCCGUAGGGACAGAGCAUCCCUGCUGGCAGAGGCUGCGCACACGCGCAUACACGCACACACUCCUCACCCCAGAGAAGCGGGGGCUCAUUCCCUCCCGGCUUCGUGGUCCUCACCUUUGCAGCGUUGUCUGUGCAGCGGCACGUCCGCAGAGGGUCUCUGAGUCCGCGCCUGAGGGACGCGGCUUCUGUGCCGUGUGAGCCGGGUGAGCGACCUGAUCUCCCUGAGCUGUGGCUCCUCGAUUCUCCUGGGAGGAGAAGGAUCCCACGAGGGCUGGAGGAUCUCUCGAGGAUCCAGCGAGGGCAUCCUGAGAAAGCUUUCUCCGUGUCCGUAACUUGAUUUCAUUAUUCAGAUCUCGUGCGCGUGUGCGCGUGCGUGUGUGUUCCCGUGUGCGUGCGCACAUGCGUGCGCACAGGUAGCUUAGCUGAGGUUUAUUUGUACGGUUCUCUCGUCCUCGUGUGCGGAGUUCAGUGGUUUUCAGCACAUCUGGAGCUGUGUGACCAUCAGCGGUCACCUUUGGAACCUGCCGCGUCCCCAGAGUGGUCCUGUCCCUUCAGCCCUCCCCUCCCCCACCCCCGGCCCCCGAGAGCCCCCUUCCUGUCCGUGGAGGAGCUUGGUCUGGACGUGUCGCACACGUGGACUCACACUCCAUGUGGCCUCCUGUGUCUGGUUCCCUCCCUGCGCGUCGCGGGCUCGGGGCCGUCCCUGGAGUAGUGCGUGGGGGCCUCGCUCCUGGUGGCGGCUGGGGACGCCCAUGCUUCUGCUCGUCUUCCUCCGCUGGUGGACGUUUGUGUCCUUCCCAUCUCCGGCCCUUGUGAAGGUCCCACUGUGGACGUCCACAUGCGCGCUGUAGUGGACCCGUGUGUCCCUUCUCCCGUGGACCUCCCUCCCCUCCUCGGUUUCGGGGUGGGUGCCCGGGGAGUUAGACUGACAAGGGGCAGGUGAUCGAGAGAGAAGUAAGCGCAGUCGGGGGACGCACGUAGCACACGCCCUGCAGGAGCAGCACAGGGCGUCACCCCGGGGUGGGCAGAGCUCGGGCUCCUGUGGCAUCUCUACAGAAGCGCAGCCCCCGUGGACUGAGUGUCAUGACGCAGAAGGACUCGGAGUGUGUCUGGGCCCCAGGUCAUGGGAAGCCGGAUAGGCGGGAGCCGGUGGAAGGCCAGGCUGGGCAGUCGGGUGUGUCUGUGCAGGUCUUGGGUCCAUCGUGGGCUCCCUUGUGUGCAGUGCCAGCAAGCACGUGGCCCUCCUGUCGUCCCGGCACCGUGUGUCACAGACGUUCCCCACGGAGCCGUUCUGUCCCCUUGUCGAGAUUCAGUCGGAAGUGACCCGGCCUCCUCACUGGAAAGGCAGAGCCCUGGUGUGGCGUCCUGCCUCGCUCACAGCCUGUGCCCCGGGGAGCCCAGCCUGCAGACAGCGGCAGUGGUGUCCAUGGGCUCUGCGGACCAUCAGUUCAACCUCGUGGAGAUCCUGUCCCAGAACUACGGCCUCCAGGAGCCGUGCGAGCCGGCCGCAGGAGACCCCGAGAAGCCUGAAGGGGAGCUGGAGAAGGACUUCAUAGCCCAGAGCAGUGACAUGCCCCUGGAUGAGCUGCUCGCCCUCUACGGCUACGAGGCCUCAGACCCCGUCUCCGAGCAGGAGAGCGAGGGUAGCGACACCACCGCCCGUCUCCCAGACAUGACCCUGGACAAGGAACAGAUAGCGAAGGAUUUGCUUUCGGGGGAAGAAGAGGAAGAGACACAGUCGUUAGCCGAUGACCUGACCCCGUCUGUGACCUCCCAUGAGGCGUCCGACCUUUUUCCCAGCCAGAGUGGAUCCUGCUUCCUGGGCAAUGCAGACGAAGAGCGUGGCUCGCCCACGUCGUCCGACACGGAGGAGGACGCCCUUCCUGCCAACAAAUGUAAGAAGGAGAUCAUGGUUGGGCCUCAGUUCCAAGCCGACCUCAGCGGCCUGCAGUUGGACCGCCAUGGUGAGAAAUUCUAUGAGAAUGAUGACCAGCUUCUCUGGGACCCCAACGUCCUUCCCGAGAGGGAGGUGGAGGAGUUCCUGUACCGGGCCGUGAAGCGGAGGUGGCACGAGAUGGCGGGGUCGCAGCGCCCGGAGGGAGAGGCUGUGAAGGACAGCGAGCAGGCGCUCUAUGAGCUGGUGAAAUGCAAUUUCAACGCAGAGGAGGCCCUGCGGAGGCUGCGGUUCAACGUGAAGGUGUUCCGAGAUGGGCUCUGUGCGUGGGGCGAAGAGGAGUGCAGGAACUUCGAGCACGGCUUCCGAGUGCACGGGAAGAACUUCCACCUGAUCCAGGCCAACAAGGUGCGCACACGGUCCGUGGGGGAGUGUGUGGAGUACUACUACCUGUGGAAGAAGUCGGAGCGCUACGACUACUUCUCGCAGCAGACGCGGCUGGGCCGGAGGAAAUACGGCCCGUCGGGAGCCACGGACGCAGAGCAGGACCUGGACAGCAGUGACCCUGAUGGCACUGGCCGCCCCCGCUCCUCGCCACCCCUGCCCCCUGCAGCUGACGGCCUGGGCUCCGAGCAGGACCCCUUGGCACGGAUGCACACAGAGCUGCUCGGUGUGGACAGCGUGGCCAGCAGCGUCGGUGAACCUGGGGAGAGUUCCGACAGCCUUCCGCCCUCGGAUCCGGGGCCUUGUCCGUUCCAGCAGCAGCAGCUGGAUGCGCCCCCAGCCGUGCCCCUGCCCAGGCGGCCCCCCGGCCUGGUGGAGCCGGCCUUCUGCCCCCCGGCCACAGCGCCUCCGGAGGCCGGCAGCAGCCCGAGACUGGCUGUGGACUUGGCCCUGCCUGGGGCCCUCCCUGAGGAGCUGCCCCUCCUCGCCAGCCGCGUGGAUGUGAACGGAGAGGCCGAGGAGGUCGUCGCUCCCGCCCAGGUGGCCUUGUCUGUCACCGAGUUUGGACUCAUCGGCAUUGGGGACGUGAAUCCCUUCCUGGCCGCCCACCCAGCGUGCCCAGGCCCUGGGCUGCACUCGGAUCCCCUGUCACACUGUAACGUGAUGACCUGUUGAUCCCUGGCCGCAGGCGGGCGUGCGUGGCCCGGACUGGACGUGGGGCCGCCGCGGGGCCUGCCUCCGCCAGUCUUCCUGACCCUUCCCCUCCUCGUGGGCCUCGGGUAGCGCCGCCUCUGCUCCAGAACGCAGCAAGGACACGGCGCACUGCGGCCGGGCCUGCCCUGCCCUCACACACAGCCUGGCGCCCUCGGUGCCCGGCCCCACUGUCCGUGCUGUCCAGGCUGCUGCCCCCGGCGCAGUACCCGGUGGGUGGCCAGAGGUGGAGGGCCCGGCCCCGUGUAGCCAGCAGAGGCGAGGACGGUGUCCCUGCUCCCUCAGGGAGGUGGGGAGAUGGGGCAGGGUGCUGCCCCCACCAGCAGCCUCCACCCGGGCGCCCUCAGCACUCCGCUUGGCUCCAUCUCCCUGCCCCUGGUGGGGUCGUGGGCUGCCCCAGCCCCGGGGUCGCGGGCAGCUGCUACUCGGUGCCAAACCCGGUGGGGCACAGAGCCAUAUACCUCGAUGUCGGCCGCGCCCGCCCUUAACCUCCACCCUGCUCUCCACUUCAGGAAAUGCCGCACUUUACGCCCCCCCCUCCCUCUCCAGCCCCCAGCAGCCCCGGGUGUGGGGUCGGGGAGACAGGUGACCUGCACCCCCCUUGGUACCAAGGCACUGUUGCCUGCAGCCCCGAGGGGCUGGCUCCAGCCCGUUCCCCGGACCCUGUGGGUCGUUCUUCUGUUGAAGCUCCCCAGCACGACGGUUUGGGGUCCUGGUCCUCCUUUUUCCCAGCUUCCCCCGUUUUAUUUAUGUUUCUGUUUACAAAUUGGAGUGGGGUCCUCCACGGGGCCAGGGCAGCACUCCCCAACCCCGGUGUCGCCAGGAGAGGGUUUCGGAUCGAGCCCGUCUGCAGAGUUGGCCUCGACCUUCCCUCACCCCACCAAGGACCACACUGUGAAGUGAGAACUGCCUUGAAUCCCUUGCUGUUUUAUUUAUUAAACUUGAUUUGAAACCCA